UUGGGCUCCCGUGGUUGGCAAAAAGUGCGGUCGUUCUUGGUACUGGCUUUUGCUCUGGCCUGUUCCUGCAUCACUGUUACUUCCAAAUAUCCACAGCACCCCGCUGCUUUUUGGAAAGAGGGACGAAACGCUUGGAAACUUUUCUAGGAGUUUCGGACGAUCGAGAUUCAACUUCCUACCGUAGACAUUUGUUCUUCCCCGUUCUGCAGUAAAUUGUCGUUGCUUGCUUGCUUUGUUUGACACGAGUGUCAUCACGGCGUUCCUUGCAUUAGCUACUUGCUUCCUUCGCCUGGGGUUCCUGGGAGAGAGACUUAGAGACUUGUGAUCCGACAGCCAACACCCGUAUUCGGUUUUUGCGGAAAUGAGCAACUCAUCGGAUUCCCCGAGAAAUGAGAUUCCGUCAAUGACGAUUCCGUCCAUACUAGACAAUGCAAUACUUGUGCCGAAGGAAUCUGGAAUUGAAUUGUCUAUUGAUUCCGCUUUGCUCGCCGCACUCCGGCAUCCCCGGGAACGAGUUGCCUUACUCCGUCUCGAACAAGCCUUGUGCGAUUUUGUGACGGCGGAACCGGCAUCUUUUGCAUUGAAUAAUGCCAGUGAUGACAACGAGACCAAUGUCACUGCCAGUGGCAGUCCACUCGCGGGUUGGAUGGAAGUUGGCGGGGCCUUCAAUGCCCAAAUUCUAAGGCCGCACUCGUCGCCCGAGUCUUCUGUCAAAGCUGGCGCCGCGCCCUGUCCACAAGGUAAACAAACUUCCUUCCAACGCUGUCUGGUUCACCGGUUGGCCGAUCGGUUUUUGAUUCAACGGCAGACCGGCUCUGUUCUGGACCAGUCGAUUCGAUUGAUUCGGACGACGGAAUCGAAACUCCCGUCUAUUCUACUACAAGACUUGGAACCGUCCCAGUAUGCUCUCGUCGACGAUGAAGUACAGAACAACUUAGCAUUUGACCAACAACGACAAGCUCCGGACACCAACGUUCAACCGAUGCUACGAAAAGGCGCUAGCAUGGAUCUGAAUAACGGAAAGCCGCGGAAAAUGAAGAUUAUGAAGCGAUCCGGCAAGGACGUUUUGCAGUCGCAAUCUUCCAUGGAAUCCAGUUCAUCUAACCAUUUGAAAUUGGGCAAGAACGGUCUAGGUGGAAAUGUGAGCAGCUUGACAGAGAAGGAAAAAGCCUACGCUGAAGCGCGGGCGCGCAUUUUUAGUACCGAUAGUAACAGCAAUCUUGCGGGUAUGGCGGAUGCCGAAAACGACGCCGCAAGCCCAUCGGCGCAAGAUUUGAUCACACCCAUGGCAUCUUGCAACAUAAGUUCGACUGCAGAUAAUGCGACCGCAAAGUCGAGUGCGUUACAAGCGGCGGCACCGACGUUUCGGCCUCAAUCCUUGAACGGAACGUCCUUGGUACAAAUUGAGCCGACCGGCACAAGCUCUGUCACAGCAAGCAAGGCCGUCUACCGCAAUCGCAUGGAGGAAGCAACAGAUCCUGACUUUCGAAGAGGGCGCAUCGUCUCCGGAUAUGGCAAUCCAAUUCUGUACCCAGCGAGCGCUGGAGAUUGUACCAUCGCGGUAACAGGUGAAAUUGACCCGUAUCUGGUCGCUCACAAUCAGCAGCACUCCCAACACGUUCUAGCGCAGGCGGCAUAUUCCGCGAAUCAAACUCACCCGAUGGCCUCUUCGAUUAGGCCUUCGGGGAAUGGGAUGCUUCCACUUACGCAGCCCACCAUGUACACGGGUUAUGCCUCCACUGUGAUCCCCGCUAGUUCGGGACAGUACUACGACUACUACUCAACACCCUACCCCGCUACCGCAUAUUCCUAUACACAGGGAUCAACUCCUUCAACCUUGACACCAUCGCCGUACCGAUCAGCGUCAAUGGAAAAAUCGACCAGGAGCAGUACGUCAAAGAUUGCCACGGCGUCGACACCGCGUACCGCCGCAUCGCCGACAUCCAGCUCAUACCCACGAUGA